UGGGAAGCUGACUUCAAAGCCGUGCCCCUUCACGGAGCUUUCUCUCAGCUAUCCUUGUUGCAGCAGCGCAGCGCUAAAGGAUAGCUGAGAGCGUAGGGACCCAGCAGAAAUGUCGGAAAGUGGGAGUCAGGAACCUGCAGGGGCCGCGAACGGCAGCGACAGCCCGACGAAGCGGGCACCUAGACCGGCUGUCGGUAACAAAGUCACCGUGGUGCUGGGGGCUCAAUGGGGAGACGAGGGAAAGGGGAAAGUUGUGGAUCUGCUGGCACAAGACGCGGAUAUGGUGUGCAGAUGUCAGGGCGGCAACAACGCAGGACACACAGUGGUGGUUGACUCAGUGGAGUAUGACUUUCACCUCCUUCCCAGCGGCAUCAUCAACCCCAAGGUCACCGCCUUCAUUGGCAAUGGUGUAGUGAUCCACCUUCCAGGCCUGUUUGAAGAGGCAAAAAAGAAUGAACGCAAAGGAAAAAGUUUAAAAGACUGGGAGAAAAGGUUGAUCAUCUCAGACAGAGCACAUAUCGUGUUUGACUUCCACCAAGCGGUUGAUGGCGUACAGGAACAGCAGAGGCAAGAGCAAGCAGGCAAGAACCUGGGGACAACAAAGAAGGGGAUUGGUCCAGUGUACUCGGCCAAGGCGGCACGUAGCGGUCUCAGGAUAUGUGACCUGCUAUCUGACUUCACUCAGUUCUCUGAAAGGUAUAAAGUAUUGGCCCAGCAGUACAAGGCAAUGUACCCCACUCUGGAGAUUGACCUAGAGGGAGAGCUGGUCAAAUUAAAGGACUACGUGGACCAGAUCAAGCCCAUGGUGAGAGAUGGCGUGCACUACAUGUAUGAGGCUCUUCAUGGACCUCCUAAGAAGAUCCUGGUGGAAGGAGCCAACGCAGCUCUAUUGGACAUAGACUUUGGGACGUACCCAUUUGUGACAUCGUCCAACUGCACGGUGGGCGGGGUGUGUACAGGUCUCGGUAUGCCACCUCAGAACGUCGGAGAGGUUUACGGGGUUGUGAAGGCGUACACCACCAGAGUGGGCAUCGGAGCGUUCCCCUCAGAGCAGAGCAACGAGAUCGGAGAGCUGCUUCAGACUCGGGGGAAGGAGGUGGGCGUGACCACAGGCAGGAAGAGGCGAUGUGGUUGGCUGGAUCUGGUGCUCAUCAAAUAUGCACACACGAUUAAUGGUUUCACGGCUUUAGCACUCACCAAACUGGAUAUACUUGACGUGUUCCCGGAGAUCAAGGUGGGCGUAGCGUACAAAGUCGAGAACCAAACUAUACCUUACUUUCCAGCUAAUCAGGAGGUGUUGCAGUGUGUGGAGGUCCAGUAUGAGACGUUGCCUGGCUGGAACAGCGACACCUCGGCUGCUAGAAGCUUUGAGGAACUGCCUGAGAAUGCCCAGAAAUAUGUCCACUUCAUUGAGGAGCAUGUGGGAGUGCCUGUUAAAUGGAUCGGAGUGGGCAAGUCUCGAGAGUCCAUGAUCCAGCUGUUCUAGACGGAGAGAGGAGAAACAGAAGAGGAUGAACCCCCUAACACAUACACACAGCCUACCUACCUGUCUCAACUCUCCGACAGAAACGCGACCAUGUCUGUUCUUAAUGCUUUACCACUGUAUUACCUGACUGACUGGACCUCUGGAUCAGACAGACUGACCUCCCUGUAUGAAUGGCUCAAACGUCUCCAUCUGGUUUUUUAACAGUUUAACGGGUCCCUAUUUUAUUUGUCGCGGUUUAUACACACACACACUCGGCCAAACCAGCUGCCAUCAUGUCUGAGGGUGGACAUGAUGGAACGGACUCAACACACACACACACACACACACACACACAUACAACACAGAUAGGGGAUCACUGCCUGGAGGAACUGUCCAUAGAUGUCUGGUUGUGUAUUUUUUUGUUGAUCUAUUCUGUGUUUUAAAUGCACUGUGCCAGUCUGGUGUAAAUCAGUUUAAAAAGUUUAACCUCGGCACUUUAGAUGCUUUGGACUAAAUCUGCUUUAUGUUUUAUUCUGCCAGGUGUGCUGCACAUCCUGACAUGAUAAAGGGAUCCUUUAAUAUUUUGAAUGUGUCUUUUUGUGUUUGUUUCCAGUUGAAUGUUGAAGACUUCUUCUAUUGCCUUGUCAUUCAACCAAAAAAUUAGCUUUUAAAUUUCUUGUAGCUAGAGAUUGCUUCCACUGAUUUGUGUUGAUGAAAUGUUGCUGCACAUCUUCCUGAACUGUGAGAAGCAGGUGAGUUUUCCAUAAACUAGAACAGAGAA